UGCCCUUACUCCCCAUUAGAGCUUGAGCACUUGACUAAUUCAGGUACUUAGCAUCCCAUAGACAGGGACGGUUUGAAAGCAGCCCGUGUUGACGCUGGGGAGGACUGUUGAUAUAAACAGGAGCCCCCUCGGUAAGCGACACUAAUCUCUCGCCGGAGGGGAAGCAGGGAUGAGCCUCCGGCCGAGCCUUCCCGGCACCCAGUAGCUGCGCUCUCCUCGCCUUAGCCUGCCCACCACCGCCACUGCCGAGGACUGACUCAGACGCGGCGGCGGCGGGCAUCUCUGCCAUGACUACCGUGGGCAGGAUCAGCUUCACGGUGCGGAGCCUUUUGGAUUUACCCGAGCCGGAAGGCGGCGGAGGCAAGGAGCAGGACCCCAGCGAGGGAUACGGUCGCUCCCUGUACCGGGAAUGGAUGGAAACGGACAGGAGCCAGUAUCUGUCUUCGGACGAGAGCGGCCCCGAGAGCAGAUCGCGGCCGGCCGCCGCCUCGACGCGAGCGGACGAGGACGACGACGAGAAGAAGAAGAAGCGCAGAGUGCUCUUCUCCAAGGCGCAGACUCUGGCGCUGGAGCGGCGCUUCCGUCAGCAGCGCUACCUGUCUGCACCCGAGCGGGAGCAGCUAGCGCACUUGCUGCGCCUGACGCCCACCCAGGUCAAGAUCUGGUUCCAGAACCACCGCUACAAGAUGAAGCGCGCAAAGGGCAGCGGCGCUGGAGGAGAGCGCGCCGGGGAAGGAGCCGGCGCCGGAGGAGCGGCGGCGGCGGCGGCGCCUCUCCUGCGCAGGGUGGUGGUGCCCGUGCUGGUGCGCGAAGGCAAGGCGUGCCAGAGCUGCAGCGGCGCGGCGCAGGACUACGGCGGCGCCCAGAACGCGCUCGGCCUCCAGGGCUACCCGGCUUUCCCGCAGGCCGCCUCGCUAAGCCUCUUCCCCGCCUACCAGCACUUAGCGCCCCCGGCCCUUGUCUCCUGGAACUGGGGGUGAGGAAGGCGCCGAGGACGCGGACAGGUUGCCAGAAGGAGAGAGAGAAAGAGACACACACUCACUGGACCCCGCCUGCCCUGGGGCGACGCCUUGGACUGGUGCCUUCAUCUCGCGAGGCGUUGGCUUGGAUAGUACUACUUUAGAGUAAAAUGAGCCGCGGAUCCCAACCAGUAAGAAAGGAAAACCCAGACUUCAAAUCCCCAGCAGCUUGCUACCAAGGGAAGUGGGCCCAAUCCUCUCUCCCGCUCCCGCCAAAUUAUCUUUACGCGGAAGUAACCGUGGGAUCUUGAAGGCUGCAAAUCCUACGUACUCUUCCUGGGGGUUAGAGAGGAUUGGCAGAUAGGAACGCGUAUAGAAGGAAGGGUGCAAAGUUAAGAUCGCCCAACCCGGGUUAAUUUCCCUUCAACACACACACACACACACACACACACACACACACAGUGUUCACAGUAAGGGGUCGGGAAAAUAUGGGGAUUUUCUACCCAUUGUUAUCGGUGAAAUGGGAUGGCAGCCCUCAUGAACGAUUGUGAGCAGCAAAGCCACGAAUGGUAGUUGUUCCGGAUUAAUAGACAGAAGUGUGGGAGGGGUGCUUCGGA